AGGAACUCCAAAUGCAACUUAAUUACAUUCUGAAAGAAAUAAAUGUUUUCUAUUGUGACAAAGUAAUUGCAGAAACCUAAACCUGAACAAAAUGAAAAACCUGCAUUUCCUGAUGAAUUUGUACUUAAAUCACCCUCUUCUGCUGGGCUCACUACAGGUCUCUUUGGACAUGCUGAAUCUCAAGGAAAGCUGCAGAAACCAGACAUUUCUGUGGAUAGAUCUGUGCAGAACAGUAGGGUGAUUAACAUUGCCUGUGACACAAAGCUGGAAAACCCCAUAACUAGCACUAAUAUCAGCUGUAACCUGUACAUUGGAGACUCAUCUGAGCCAUUCAGAAGCACAUGGACCACAAGUAAAACUGUUUGUGACUUUGAAGUGAAUAUCAGUGACCUGCAGGAGAGCAGGGAGGUGAACUGUGAUUACAGUGUGAAUACAGACCCUUGUUCUCCUUCUCCACGCAGUGACAGAUUCCUUGUAGUAGAUAGGUCACUCUAUAAAUCUCAAGCAUACUGGUACUAAAUAAAGAUGAGGGCUGCCAGGUUGCCCUUGCACUGUUCAAUUUAUUUAUUGAUUUAUUUGUUUGUUCAUGUUUGUUUAGCCACAGCAUUGCACCCUGUACAGCAAUUGUUGUGUAAGAUAUCAUGAGCUUGCAAAGUAUCAUGUUUCCAGACCAAACUAACAAUUGCCCCUCACACUCACAUUAACUUGAUCUUCAAGUGGGUGUACCUGUCACAAGCACCACAAUGUGUCAAUUCCCUGUGCUUCACACACAGCCAUUGACACACUGCUACAGCGCCAUCUGUAGGCAGAUCCAUUUAGUGAAGCAAUUGUCAUUGCUGUGAACAUUCAAGACAAGUAUAUUUACCCUAACAAGCACAUAUAGUUCAUUAUACAGUUCAUAUUUUGACUAAUAUCAAUUUAAGUUUUGUAGUCUUUCAUGCAUUCUCUCUUUAUAUCAAGUUUUACUGUACAUAAUUUGCCAAAAUAUAAUUACAUUGCUUUGAUCAACAGAAAACAUACUGGAUGAGCGCAUACAUUCAGCACUCAUGUUAAAUGAUGUACCCAAUAUUGCUGUAAUUCUCACAUGCUCCUACAGUGCCUUGGCCGUAACUUCAGCUUGUUUUUAUUAUCCUUGCUAUAUCUUUUGUAGUUCCUACAAAUUCAUUAUAAAUAUGAUUGUGAAUGGGCCCCAAGGAAAAUCUUACUUCCAUCAAAGAAACAAAACUGAAGUUUGUGGUCGGCUGCUGUAUGAAAGUGCCUACAAUACAGCUGUUUGAGUGGAAAAUCAAGCAUAACUGAUGAUUGAAACUAAAUGGAUCACUGACCUUUUGCAGGUAAACUGCCAAAGGCUGAGUUAGAAUUGAGUGCUGCAGUAAUGUCCAUAGAGGAAUCAGUGAUACUGAGGUGCAGGAGACCUGACUCUGCCCCUGCGUCCCACUGCACUUUCACCACUAAUCAGAGAGGACCGAUCAGUGGCUCAGACUGUAAUCGCUCAGUCACUGGAGCUGAGCUGCUCAGUAGGAGUCACAGCGCAAGGAAUGAGAUCACCAUGACAUGUUUCUACAGACUGGAGGAAGGAGUGAAACCUACUCUUCGUAGUGACCCCUCCACAGUGACUGUGCUGGAUCUGAGGAAGCCCAAAAUCUCAGUCUCCACAGAACACACUGAGACACGCAUUCGCUGUGAAGCCCCUCCUGACAUCACUGGAGCAAAGUUCUUCCUGUACUCCAACAGGAGCAUAACACAUACUAAGGAAACCCAGGCUGGGACAGAAAAGCGAGCUGUCAGUUUCACUGACCCCCGCCGCUCUGGCUCUAUUCUGACAUACUGCUGUAGUUAUCAGUUUAAGACCUUCAACUCUAAACUGAGUGACUGUGCUAAAGCUAAGAACAAGGACCAGAGUGGAAGAACAAAAGACCAAAGAUCCACCACCACAGACAACCCACAGACAGCCGACGCUCAAACCACGCCCACCCCACCACAGCGCUCCACCCCCCUUCUUUCCCACAGCACAGGACACGCAGGUAAGCACACUGCACACACACCAGUAGCACAGCAAAGAACACACUGCUCUGCAUAAGGGGGUGACUCAGCACUGCACACUCAAUACACUACUCACACAGUGAGCUCCCCUACCCCUCAGGCCCCUGCUGUGGAACCCCUAUUUUGCCUUCGAAAGAGGGGGGGAAACAAACCCACGCUUGCACACAAACAACAGAAAGGACAACAAAACUUAAAUAAAACUGAAAGAUAACGGGGGAUGUAGCAUCGGCUGACGCCACACUGCCCAGCCAAGCUACACCCCAAAUAAAAAAUAAAAAAAUAAAAAUCCCCAGUCUGGCGCCCCGCUCGCACUUGCACUGCCUGGGUCUUCCAUCCACCGCGUCUCAAGCCCCUCACCUUCCUGGGGGAGUUAGAGCAGCCUGCAUCAGCCAGUGGUCCUCCCUCCGUGACAGCAGGCACACGCACCCUG